CCGAGGAGGAGGAAGAAGGGGCUGUGGGAGCAGAGGAGACUCUUGCCUUGGGAGGACCCUGUGGGUCCCUGUCUGCAGGGUGGAGAGUGUCAGGACAGGCGGCUCUGGGAUGCAACCUCCUGGGCUGCCUUUGUCUCUGCUACUAUUGCUGCUGCUGCUGCUGCUGUGUCUCUCCAUCAGCAAGACUGGAGGGCUGCAGUGUGGGAGCAUCCCAGAGCCCUGUGCCAAUGGUGGCACCUGCCUGAACCUCGCUCGGGGGCAAAGUAUAUGCCAGUGUGCUCCUGGUUUUCUGGGAGAGACGUGCCAGUUUGUUGACCCCUGCCAGGAUGCCCAGCUCUGCCAGAAUGGAGGCAGCUGCCAAGCCCUGCUCUCUGCCCUGCCAGUCUUGACCAGCUCUCGCUCCUCCUUGGUCCCCAGCUUCUUCUGCUCUUGCCCCUCUGGCUUCACUGGAGACAGGUGUCAAGCCACACUCAAGGACCCUUGUUACGCUUACUGUUCCCAUAUGGGCAGCUGCCACAUCCAGGCCUCGGGCCGCCCCCAGUGCUCCUGCAAGCCAGGAUGGACAGGUGAGCAGUGCCAGAUCCAGGACUUCUGCUCAGCCAACCCCUGCGUCAAUGGAGGGGUGUGUCUGACCACGUACCCCCAGAUCCAGUGCCACUGCCCACCUGGCUUCGAGGGCAAUGCCUGUGAACACGAUGUCAAUGAGUGUUUUCUGGACCCGGGACCCUGCCCAAAGGGCACCUCCUGCCACAACACCUUGGGAUCCUUCCAGUGCCUUUGCCCCCCUGGGCAGGAUGGCCCAGCCUGCGACCUCCGCCCAGGACCCUGCCCCCCCAAGGGCUGUCUCAACGGGGGCACCUGCCAGCUGGUUAUAGAGAAAGACUCCACCUUCCAUCUCUGCCUCUGUCCCCCUGGUUUUACAGGCCUGGACUGUGAGGAGAAUCCGGAUAACUGUGUUGGGCACCAAUGUCAGAAUGGGGGCACUUGCCAGGAUGGGCUGAAUGCCUACACCUGCCUCUGCCCAGAGGCCUGGACAGGCCUGGAUUGCUCUGAAGAUGUGGAUGAAUGUGGGGCUCAGGGCUCCCCGCGCUGCAGGAAUGGGGGGACCUGCCAGAACGUGGCCGGUGGCUUCCAUUGUGUAUGUGUGAGCGGCUGGGGAGGCCCAGGCUGUGAGGAGAACCUGGAUGACUGUGCAGCGGCUACCUGCGCCCCUGGCUCCACCUGCAUCGAUCGUGUGGGUUCCUUCUCCUGCCUCUGCCCACCUGGACGCACAGGCCUCCUGUGCCACAUGGAGGACAUGUGUCUGAGCCAGCCAUGCCACGGGGAGGCCCAGUGCAGCACCAACCCCCUGACGGGCUCCACGCUCUGCUUGUGUCAGCCUGGCUAUUCAGGACCCACCUGCCACCAGGACCUGGACGAGUGUCAAAUAGCCCAGCUGGGCCCCAGUCCCUGUGAACAUGGCGGCUCCUGCCUCAACACCCCCGGCUCCUUCAACUGUCUCUGUCCACCUGGCUACACGGGCUCCCGUUGCGAGGCUGAUCACAACGAGUGUCUGUCCCAGCCCUGCCGCCCUGGAAGCACCUGCCUGGACCUGCUCGCCACAUUCCACUGCCUCUGUCCUCCAGGCCUGGAAGGGCAGCUCUGUGAGCUGGAGACAGACGAGUGUGCCUCAGCACCUUGCCUAAAUCAGGCCAAUUGCCAUGACCUACUCAACGGAUUCUUGUGUGUCUGCCUGCCCGGAUUCACUGGAUCUUUGUGUGAGGAGGACAUCAAUGAGUGUGAGAGUUCUCCCUGUGCCAAUGGUGGGCAGUGCCAAAACCAGCCUGGAUCCUUUCAUUGCGAGUGCCUCCCAGGCUUCGAAGGUCCACGCUGUCAGACAGAGGUAGAUGAAUGUGUGAGCAACCCAUGCCCCGCUGGAGCCAGCUGCCUUGAUCUUCCUGGAACUUUCUUUUGCCUCUGCCCUUCUGGCCUCACAGGUCAUCUCUGUGAGGUUCCCCUUUGUGCCCUGAAUCUGUGCCAGCCCAGACAAAAAUGCCAGGCUCAGGAGGAUAAUGCCCACUGCCUGUGCCCUGAUGGGAGUCCUGGUUGUGCACCUGCUGAGGACAACUGCACCUGCCUCCAUGGGCACUGCCUGAGCUCCUCAUGUGUGUGUGACAUAGGCUGGACAGGACCAGAGUGUGAGACAGAGCUGGGAGACUGUGUCUCCCUGCCCUGUGCCCAUGGGGGUACCUGCCAUCCCCAGCAUUCUGGCUACAACUGCACCUGCCCCACAGGGUACACAGGACCAACCUGCAGUGAAGAGGUGACAGCUUGUCACUCAGAGCCCUGUCUCAAUGGUGGUACCUGCAGCCCCAACCCUGAGGGCUACUCCUGUACCUGCCCACCAACCCACACUGGACCCCAAUGCGAGUCCAGCACUGACCACUGUGCCUCUGCCCCCUGCCUCAACGGGGGUACCUGUGUGAACAGGCCUGGCACCUUCUCCUGCCUCUGUGCAUCAGGCUUCCGGGGUCCACGUUGUGAGAUAAACAUCCAUCCCAGCUGUGCAGACAGUCCCUGUAGGAACAGAGCGACCUGCCAAGAUGGCCCUCAGGGUCCCAGCUGUCUCUGCCCCGCUGGCUACACAGGAGCAAGCUGUGAGACUGAGAUGAACUUCUGUGACCAGAAACCUUGUCCCCACAACUCCCAAUGCCUGCGAACAGAGCAUUCCUUCAAGUGCCUGUGUGUCCAGGGAUGGAGCGGGCCUCUCUGUGACCGUCCAUUGUCCUCCUGCCAGAAGGCUGCUCUGAGUCAAGGCAUAGAAGUAUCUUCCUUGUGUCGGAAUGGAGGCCUCUGUAUGGAUAAUGGCCCCUCCUAUUUCUGCCACUGUGCUCCCGGGUUCCAGGGCAGUGCUUGCCAGGAUAGGGUGAACCCCUGUGAUUCAAAGCCUUGCCAGCAUGGGGCCACCUGUGUGGCUCAGCCCAAUGGGUACUUCUGCCAGUGUGUCCCAGGCUACAGUGGGCAGAACUGCUCGGAGAAACCUGAUGCUUGUCAAUCCCAACCUUGUCAUAACCAUGGGACCUGUACCUCACAACCUGGAGGCUUCCAUUGUGCCUGCCCUCCAGGUUUUGUGGGGCUUCGUUGUGAGGGGGAUGUGGACGAGUGCCUGGACCGGCCCUGCAACCCCACAGGCACAGCUGCCUGCCACUCUCUGGCCAAUGCCUUUUAUUGCCAGUGUCUGCCUGGACACACAGGCCAGUGGUGUGAAGUGGAGAUUGACCCCUGCCAGAGCCAGCCCUGCUCCCAUGGAGGGACCUGUGAAAGCACAGCAGGACCACCCCUAGGUUUCACCUGCCAUUGCCCCCAGGGUUUUGAAGGCCCCACCUGCAACCAAAGAGCCCCUUCCUGUGGCCCCCAUCACUGCCACCAUGGUGGCCUCUGCCUGCCUUCUCCCAAGCCGGGUUUCCAGCCACGCUGCGCUUGCCUCAAUGGCUAUGAGGGCCCUGACUGCCUGACCCCACCCGUUCCCCAAGGCUGUGGGCCUCCAUCUCCUUGUCUACACAAUGGCACCUGUUCAGAGAUCCCUGGGCUGGGGAGCCCAGGUUUUCGAUGUUCCUGUCCCCCCAGCUCUCCUGGACCCCGGUGUCAAAAGCCCGAAGCAAAGGGUUGUGAGGGAAGAAGGGGAGAUGGGGCCUGUGACAGCGGCUGCAGUGGCCCCGCAGGAAACUGGGAUGAGGGAGAUUGCUCGCUGGGAGUCCCAGACCCCUGGAAGGGCUGUCCACCCCAGUCUCAGUGCUGGCUUCUCUUCCGUGAUGGCCAGUGUCAUCCACAGUGUAACACUGAAGAGUGUCUGUUUGAUGGCUAUGACUGCGAGAAGCCUGCUGCCUGCACCCCUGCCUACGACAAGUACUGCCGAGAUCACUUCUACAAUGGGCACUGCGAGAAGGGCUGCAACACCCCGGAAUGUGGUUGGGAUGGGGGUGACUGCAGGCCCAGAGAUGGAGAUGCAGAGUGGGGGCCCUCUCUGGCCUUGCUAGUCGUGCUGAGCCCCCAGGCCCUGGACCAGCAGCUACUUGCCUUGGCCCGUGUGCUGUCCCUGACUCUGAGGGUGGGACUCUGGGUGAGAAAGGAUAGGGAUGGCAGGGAUAUGGUGUACCCCUACCCUGGGGCCCAAGCUGAAGAAGAGCUACAAAGAGCCAUGGACCCUUCUCAUUGGGAGAGAACCCCUCAAACACAGCCUGUGGCCAAGGACACUGACUCUCUUGACACUGGGUUUGUGGUGGUGAUGGGUGUGGAUCUGUCCCACUGUGGCCCAGACCGCCCUGCCUCCCGCUGUCUCUGGGACCCCAGGCUCCUGCUCCGCUUCCUUGCAGCAAUGGCUGCAGUGGGGGCCCUGGAGCCCCUACUGCCAGGACCCCUGCUAGAGGCCCACCCGCGUGCAGGCACUGUGUCUCCUAACAACCAGCUUCCCUGGCCGGUGCUGUGCUCCCCAGUGGCCGGAUUGCUUCUCCUGGCCCUGGGUGCUCUUCUUGUCCUCCAACUCAUUCGGAGGCGUCGCAGAGAGCAUGGGGCCCUCUGGCUGCCCCCUGGGUUCACUCGCCGGUCUCAGACUCAGCCGACUACCCACCGACGCAGGCCCCCUCUGGGAGAAGACAGCAUUGGCCUCAAGACACUGAAAUCAGAGGCAGAAGUUGAUGAGGAUGGAGUCAUGAUUUGCUCAGUUCUUGAGGAAGGAGAGCUAUGCCAGGCUGAAGAAAUGGCCUCCCCCUCCAAGUGCCAGCUCUGGCCUCUGAGUGGUGACAUCUGGGAGCUCCCCCAGGAAGCCAUAUUGACUCCUCCCCAGGAAUCUGAGAUGGAGAUCACUAACGUGGACACCUGUGGACCUGGUAGAGUGACGCCCCUGAUGUCAGCAGUCUGCUGUGAGAAAGAGGAAUCCAGAACCAUCCAGGGGGCAUGGCUGGGAAGCCCUGAGCCCUGGGAACCUCUGCUAGGAGAAGGGGCCUGUCCCCAGGCUCAUACCACAGGCACUUCGGAGACCCCCCUACACUUGGCUGCCAGAUUCUCUCGGCCAACAGCUGCCCGACGCCUCCUUGAGGCUGGAGCCAACCCCAACCAACCAGACCAGGCUGGGCGCACUCCCCUUCACACAGCCGUGGCUGCAGAUGCUCGGGAGGUCUGCCAGAUCCUACUCCGAAACAGACAGACUUCAGUGAAUGCCCGGACAGAAGAUGGAACCACAGCCCUGAUGCUGGCUGCUAGAUUAGCAGUAGAGGACCUGGUUGAAGAACUGAUUGCAGCUCAAGCAGAUGUGGGGGCCAGAGAUAAAUGGGGAAAGACCGCGCUGCAUUGGGCCGCCGCAGUGAACAACGCCCGGGCUGCCCGCUCCCUUCUCCAGGCCGGUGCUGAUAAAGAUGCACAGGAUGGCAAGGAGCAGACGCCCCUAUUCCUGGCAGCCAGAGAAGGAGCGGUGGAGGUGGCCCAGCUGCUACUGGGUCUAGGGGCGGCCCGAGGGCUGCGGGACCACACGGGACUGGCGCCCAGAGACAUCGCCCGCCAGCGCCACCACUGGGAUCUGCUGACGCUGCUGGAAGGGGCGGGGCCACCGGAAGCGCGUCUGAAAGGCCCCGCGCGGAGCCGCGGACCCGGGCAGUGCGCACGCGCGAGGACGGCUUCCGGAAGUGCGCCCCCCUCCGGAGGCGGGGCUGCGCCGCGCUGCCGGACGCUGUCAGCCGGAGCCGGCCCGCCGCAUGGGGGCGGAGCCUGUCUGCCAGGCCGGACUUUGUCCGUCGACUUGGCCGCGCACGGGGGCGGGGCCUACUCGCAGCCCCGGAACUUCUCGAAAGCAGGAGGCCCGCCCCCCUCGCGCGAACGGAGAUUUCCUGCGGGCCUGCGCGGAUCUCGGCCCAACCCAGCGAUUGUACGAGAAAGAUCCGGGGUUGCGGCCGGGGCUAGGGGCGUGGCUUCAGCUGCUGAUUGGACCUGUGAUUGGUUGACCUUGGGCGCCUGCAGCCCCGCCUCCAACACGCCUAUCCCAACCCCUUGCCUUACUCCCUCCCCAGAACCCGGUUCACCCAACUUUACCUGGGAUCCCCUAGCCCAGCAAGUAAUGCACUUAAGUAAGGGAGGCGGUGCUGAGAAGUAGGUUAUGGGGGAUUCUAAGGGGUUCCCCCUUAGAUAACUGGAAGUCUGUAAGCAUCCCAGAUAUUUUAAGACCUAGG